AUGGGUAAAUCUCACGGUUACAGAUCUCGUACUCGUUACAUGUUCCAACGUGACUUCAGGAAGCACGGGGCCGUCGCCUUGUCUACCUACCUGAAGGUCUACAAAGUUGGUGACAUUGUCGACAUCAAGGCCAACGGUUCCAUCCAGAAGGGUAUGCCACACAAGUUCUACCAAGGUAAGACCGGUGUCGUCUACAACGUCACCAAGUCCUCUGUCGGUGUCAUCAUCAACAAGAUGGUCGGUAACAGAUACCUUGAAAAGAGAUUGAACUUGAGAGUCGAGCACAUCAAGCACUCCAAGUGUAGAGCUGAGUUCUUGGAAAGAGUCAAGGCCAACGCUGCCAAGAGAGUUGAGGCCAAGGCCCAAGGUGUUGCCGUCCAAUUGAAGAGACAGCCAGCCCAGCCAAGAGAAGCCCGUGUUGUUUCCACCGAAGGUAACAUCCCACAAACCUUGGCUCCAGUGCCAUACGAAACCUUCAUUUAA